AUGCUAGUCUUCCAGAAUCUAUCUUCUGCAACAAAAAGGGAAUUGGUGACAUUUAUUAAUGAAAUCCGCGGCGACUACGUAGAACUCUCAGCACAGCCAUCGGAAACGAUUGAGAUCAUUCGGCAAAGAUUGCCAGAACUGGGAAAGAAUAUAAAUACUGCUCUGAACAAGUUGAUUAAAACCAUCAGAAAGUUACCUGCAUCCAGUAAGGAAGCCUUUCAAAAGUACUGGAUAAUCUUCUUCGAGUCACUAUCGGCGCCAACCCCACUGCGUUCGAUGUUCUUGGCGGCUUUCUUUGCCGAACUUCACGACUCGUUCAAAAAGGCCGAAGACUCAACACUGGUUGAAAUCUACAAAGCUUCACCUCAAACCUUCCGAUUAUUACGAAGCGACUUCACAAAAGAGUUCGCAUAUGCAGCAAAGAAAUAUGCAAGACGAGAUCUCAAGAUGAAAGCCCCAUUGGAUGAACAAGAUGGCUUUUGA